AUGCUGCGAGCGAAACCGCCCACGUACAUGGUGCCACAUAGAGUCACGGUGCUGGACUCGAUGCCGCUCAACGACGGCGGCAAGAUUGACCGUGGUGCACUCAGUAGCCGGCCUGUGGCCAAAGGAACACGCCAGGUGCGCAAGAGGGAGGUCUCCUCAGACGUGGAGCGCAAACUGCAGCAGAUUUGGGGCCAGGUCCUGAAUAUCGAUGCCGCCACCAUCUCGGCCGACGACAGCUUCUUCCGGCUCGGUGGCGACUCUGUCACGGCAGUGCAGGUAUCGGCCACGGCUCGAGCACACAAUCUGAACAUUGCCACGGCUGAUGUUGUACAAGAUGCGGUGCUACACGAGCUCGCAGCCGCUGUGGCCAUGACAGACCCCAUGGUGACGCAGACACGGACACGCGACCUGAAAGUCGCCGGCGUCCACAUGGAACCAGACGAUGGUGAAGCAUUCCCACUGAGUCCCGUUCAGAACCUCAACAUGUACCUGGAGCCAGGUCCGACCGGAUGCUUCGGUCAGAGCUUCAUGCCGAAACUGCGGGACCGCGUCGCCUUUCCCGCCCUGGCCAGGGCAUUGGAAGACGUCGUUUCGGCUCACCCAAUGCUUCGCGCUCGUUUCAGCCGUGGCGAUGGCGGGCAGUGGCAGCAACGCGUGAGCGACGAUGUUUUUGGCUCAUUUCACCUUUGCAAGGAGGCGGGCAUGGCAGGCGGCAAGGACAAGCAAGGCGAGGCGAGCAGUAUUCGCCGAUGCCGUGAACGCUUUAACUUGGAAACUGGACCAAUGCUGGCUUGUGUCAUGUUUGACGGGGACGAGUUUCAAAGCGUCUUGAUCGCAGCGCACCAUCUAGUCGUAGAUCUUGAGAACUUGGCCAGCAUCACACCCGAAGAGGAGCAUGUUGACGGGCUCUCCGUGCCAUACAGGGGAGUGAAUCCCGAAGCGAGCACGCGAGGGGCAGAAAAAUCCACCACGUUUCCUCUCAGCGAGUCCCAUACCGACACGCUCCUUGGUGCGUGCAACGACGUGCUCGACACUCGCCCCAUCGAGGUGUUGAUUGCCGCUCUCGUGCACUCCCUUGCCGCCGUCUUCUCGUCUUCUCUGAUCGUGCACCUCCUGCCGUCUUCAACGAGGGUCACGGCCGCGAGCCAUGGAACCAUCAACUCGACCCCUCUCGUACCGUGGGAUGGAUGGUUCACGACCAUUUGGCCGGCUGCCAAAGUCCACGCCGUGGCUACGAACCUACCAGAUACGAUACGGCUCGCCAAGGACCAUAUGAGAAGCCAGCCCAAGAACGGCUGGUCAUACUUCGGCUCUCGGUUUACCGACGCGCCCAAGGUCCCGGUCAAUGCGGCCAUGUUCCCGGUAAUAAGACUCUGGACUCCUGUUAUUCCAGGAAUCUAUACGGUAUUGCAAGCAAUUUCCUUGUUUGCCUUGGAGUAG